AUGUGCAACAUGCUGGAAACUCAUUCACUUUUGUAUUUGCAUUAAAGUCGAGGAAUCGAUGUGAAAAUUUUUAGCCUAUUUUUUUCAGACUUGAUAUUAGAUGGAUGGUGCGGGGAAACAAGAAAAUGGGAGAUGUAAGCUGGAUCAGUUCAAAGGAGCACCCUCUCCGUGGAACAUGAUGCCACAACAUCACAUGAAGGAACAAAGCAAUGCCUUGGUCAUGAAUAAAAAAAUCAUAUCUAUACUUGCUGAGCGGGAUGCUGCUAUUCGAGAACGGAACAUUGCUGUUUCUGAAAGGAAGGAAGCACUGGCUGCGCGAGAUGAGGCUCUGCAGCUGCGGGAUAAGGCACUUGCUGAACGGGAUAGUGCCUAUAUUGAGAGAGAUUAUGCUUUAGCUGUGCUACAGUACCGGGAAAAUGCCAUGAACUUCCCAAUUGGUAGUGGUAUUCAGCGUGGAGGAAGACGCAUGCAUCCCUCUUACCAUUCAACUGAUAUGGGUGAAACUCUCAAUUGUGAAAAGCACGUUACUGAUGCCAUCCCAGUAUCUACCAUCACUUCUGAAGAAGGCAAGUCUUGUCCUGUAAAGCGGACAAAGGUGAAUAAAGCUGUUUCACCGAAGCAGCCACGGAAGAUUAAGAAAGUGACUGAGGGUUUAAAUAGGCAAGCUGGUACUGAGGUAAGGAAGUGUAAAUCUGAGUGGAAUGGUCAGGAUAUCGGAUUGAACAUGGUAAACUUUAAUGAAACCACAAUGCCCGUGCCAGUUUGCACCUGCACAGGAGUUCCCCGACAUUGCUACAAGUGGGGAAGUGGUGGAUGGCAGUCAUCUUGUUGCACUACAACCAUGUCAUCAUACCCAUUGCCACAGUUGCCGAUUAAGCGUCAUGCCCGAGUGGGUGGUCGCAAGAUGAGUGGUAGUGUCUUCACAAAGUUGCUCAGUCGCUUGGCUGCUGAAGGCCAAGAUCUCUCUAUUCCAUUGGAUCUGAAGACCUACUGGGCUAGACAUGGGACAAAUCGCUACAUCACCAUCAAGUAGCUUUGUGGAGCGUGUACAAUGUUUCUGGUGCAGACUACAUGAAAGAUUCGACGGAACUUAGGAACGAAGUACAAGAAAAGGG